AUGGUGGACAUCAAGGCCCCGUGGGAAGGUGGCCUCGAGGAGUUCCGAAUGCUCCAAGCGGCUAUGUCCGAGGUGCCGCUUCUUCUGCACUGUCCUCCUGACUUCCCUCAGAAUUCCGAGAUUAUUGGCGUCUGCGGUGUCUCGGUGGAAAACUCCGACCAGAACAAAUAUGGCUGGAUGGUUGCUGAUUUCCUCCACUGGAAGCUACUUUCCAACGGCAUCGGUGACCGAAAGGCGCAAACAUGGCUGAGUUCGCUCGACAUUGCCAAAUUUCUAGGCGGUGUUGAUAGCGUCGACGACGGCACAAUUCACAACAUCGUCGGCGAGGACAAGCAGAGCAUCAUCUCUCUUCCUACCAAUGAGGAGGGCUUUGCGGAUUCCUUUCUGGAACAUGUGGUGGAGCGCGCUUCCGUUGCUCUGUUGAAACGGAGUGCGCUCGUCAUAAUGGCUUUUGUCCCCGUCACCCCGGAACAGGACAUCUGCAUGGACUUUGGCGAAAAGAAGGUUUAUCUGACCGUCGAACACAUUCGCACCGCCAUCCAAGGUGCCUUGGGUGACGUGAAGCUUCCGGUUACGCUCAUCACACCUUCUCCGCUCACUGGCGGUUGGCUGUGUAGGCCCUCGUUGAUGGGGGGCCAUACCUGCUCUUCAUCCGACAAGAUGAUGCGCCUCAUGGCCAAAGCAUGUAGUGGGGCCUUCGCCGAACGCUUCAUCCGGUCUUUCACGGAGGGCGAUUCGCCCCUUUUAACGGAUUCACAUCGUCAGAAGAUAAAGUUCAACGAUCCGAUGCCUCUUCGACCCACCCAGGUGCAGACAAAUGGUCUUCAUCAGUUCCAGCGCCAGAUCCACGAGACUUUAGAACGCAGGUUUUCAGGCCUUGCGCGCGUCCAUGGGUUUGUUCUUAGUCCAGAGUCAGUUGACAGCUCUACCACGUUCUCGGACGCGUGGACGGAGUAUGGCCCGAGACAGGGACGCUCACUCAGUGCCUGGAAUCAGAGCUGGGGCCCGCAUCGUCCCCAAGUUAGCCAUCCUCAGCGCUUUGAGUUUUUAGGGGGGGCUUUUGGAGGUACUAGAGAAUCUCAGGUGUUCCAUAUGAAGUAUCUCAUCGCCAUCGAGUUGGGGACCAACCCCGGCGACUGGGACCGCUCGGUUGGCGGUGGUACACGCAACCUCUUCACCAACUUUACUCAGAUCCACUUUCCGUCCGAGGACGAUGUCAAGCGCGUCUUUGAUGCCAUCGAGUUCCGUACUUCGUCCAUUAUCCUCGCACAGAUGGUGGCCAAGGCCUUCAAUCUCCCGACCCCCGGCGACCGGAAGUGCAGGUACUGGCACGACACGAUGGACGGGAUGGAUGAAGAGCAGUAUAAGAGGCUUCAGUAUAGCUUUAGUGAGGCAUACCGUCUCUUUGGAUAUGCCGCUGUGUUCCCUGGUGAGCGACAGCAUGAGUUCAAGAACGUCCGGUUUCCGAGGCCUGCGCGUUGGCUUUCCGCCGCUAUCGCCCUCCACCUCCCGCAUGCCUCGCGCCAGGAUAUCGAGGGAUUUGUCUGCAGGGAUAUUUCCCGCUUCGUGGCGAAAGUCUCUGCUGUGCAAAGGAUUCUGUUGCUAGAGGAUCAGAUGGUCACCCGCAUUGGCCGGGACUGGAUCGCAACCCUUGGCUUGGACGAUGGCAUCCAGCUACCCGUCCUGAAGUCAAACACCAGCCCAAUUGGUGGACUGAAGAUCAACAACCAGACGCCAAAGUCUUUUCUGCUGAACUCUCGGGCCAAACCCUGGAAUUCAGAUUCCAAGGAGAGUGACCGUUCUGAGGACAAUGAUGCGGGCCAAUUUCCUUCCAAGAGCGAAGAGCCGCAGAAUAAGGGGGUGGCACACCAGAACAUCUCAGCUCGCAAUGGUUCGGCUUUGGAUGAGUUUGCGGGCCUCAUGAGCACGCUAGAGAUGAAGAUGGCAGCAGCCCAAGAUGAGGCUAUGGGAUUCGCCACGCUGCCUCUGACUACCACCCGGCCAAGCGCGACUACUCCGGAGGCGGCCCAGGACGUCAAUGAUAAUAAUACACAGUGGACCGCCUCUCAAGAACCCAAGAAAAAUGGGUUUGGACCUUCUGGGAGGUCAGACGUCCUGAAGUACAUGCUGAAGGAUGCGACGUCCUCUCCGCCCACAGCCCCACUAGGCCUUGAUCCCAAGCGAACGACAGCGUCCCGAGCUGGGACAAUGGCACCGGCCGCUUCUAAGGACCUCCUUAACGAUUCCACCAACAGCGUUGUCUUACCACAGGCUCCCGAGGAUCUUCUUGGAACGAAGAAUACCGUAGAGCAGCCCAAGAAGUUGGAGUCACCGUCUCCGUCUAUCAUCCAUAAGGAGGGUGCUGUUGAGCAAGCGAUCAAGUCCCUGGCCGAGGCGUUGGCCGCCACCGGCACGGUUAAUGGUACUGGGAUGCUCGAAGCGCAGAAAAUUGCCCGCGCACUCCGGAAGGCUGCGGAGAUUAUUGAGAAAGAAGAGGCUCAGGGUACUGCUCUCGAGGGCAGUCAGUUCAAUAGUGCAGCCAAGUCACCCAUCAACGGCGACUCCGCGUUCUCGGUUGAAUUCCUGGGCAACGGCCACUCAAGCCUGGCUACUGCCAGCCCGCUGAACUGGAGGCAUGAGACAGUGAACGGCGACAACGGUUCUGGUAUCCCUACCAAAAGGGUCUCGAGCGCCCCCCGCGAGACAGCGCAGGAUAGCAAUGUUGGCUUUGAAUUCGCCGGCCUCAAGGUUGGCGAGCCCAUGGCGAACCUCCAAAGCGCUGGAUCUUUCGACACCAACACGCCGAGACGUCCGUCCAACGCGGCGGUGGGCAGCCAUGUUGUCAAGGAUGAGACGGCCGCCGCUUCCCAUGCGGCCAACCCAUCUCCCAAGGUCGACACGGAGCCUCUGAUUCGGUUUGAUGAGAAGGAUCUAACCUCUGGCGAUGACUUUUGGGCUCGCGCUGGCAUCAAAUUCUGA